UCUAAAUAUAGAUCUGACUGCUGCUUCAGUUUAUAUAUAAAACAUGGCUGGUGAUGCCUUUAUCCACACAAUACGUAACGCUACAGUAACGAACAGCUGUAGACGACAGCAUCAACAUGAAAAUAACUAUCGUUCACCCUGAUUCUGAGGAAAGUCACAUUCGACUAAGUGAGAGAAAGAAAAAUACGAUGUCGGCCUUGUUUAAACGACUUCCCCCAGGGACAGUUAUAAAACGGCUCGGCCGAACGGUGGACGUUGCCAAAGAAUGCUUGAUAAGUAAGGUUUUCACUGACGACGACGUUAUUGAAGCAGUCUACACACUGGUUCGGAUGAGGAGGCUAUGGAAUGGUGUGAAAAGGUCCACUCAACCGUGCAUGAUAACGCUGGACGCAGUGGAGAAAAGGGCCGAAAUGCCAUGUGGACACGCUAUCAUCGCAAUUUUUUAAUUGUAGCCCCUCAGGCCCUGUAUGACUACUGUUGGUACGAGCUAGAGAAAGGGAAUUCUGCAAUCACGUGUCCAUAUAUCACAAACAUCAAGGGAGACCAAUGUGGCUGCGAGUGGAAUGAACGCACUAUCACACUUUCUGCUGUUCUGUCAGUAGAAGAAAAGAGUUUAUUUCAAACUAAGCUCCACAUAAACACUCUCAAGCAACAAGAAAUAGAAUCGACAAACGUGUACCCUGACGACGUCAUCAUCUCCCUUCUCCAUGAUUCACCAAAAACAUAUAUGGAAAUCCUAAAGCUCCGGGCAUGUCCUAAGUGUUGGAGUAUAAUUGAACAUAUGGGCGGAUGUUUGUCAAUGACCUGUCAGUACCAAUCGUGUGGCUUCCGUUUUUGCUUUAGAUGUCUGGGCAAAUACGAGCAUUCAUACAAUCAUGGUACAUGUCCGCUUGCACCUUUUCAGUUUUCAUCCGAUUGUUAAGCAUGUAACAACACGGUUAUAUAUAAUGGAUCUGAUAAUGACCUUUUAGUUAGUUAUAUUCGUCUUGUUUAUGUGCCAAUAAUUGCUUCUCAACGGUUAUCAUUUGUGAACGGAGAAAACUACUAGUCUUGUAUUAGAUAACUCAGUAUUCCAGUACAGAUCAUAGCGUCUAACAUACUGCAUUUAAUCAUAUAUUGUUAAUUGUAUUAAGUUAUAAGUUUAUCAUCCAUAACGUUUGUUGUUUGUUAAGAUUGUUAAUUUUAAUGUGAAUUGUAUUAUUUGUUAAUAAAAUAAAACGAUCGAA